CAGGCUUCAGAGCCGGUCUGUCCCUGGGGUGCCAGCGGUGAAGCCGCCUGCCUGCGGAGUCUGCUGGUGCCUUCAGGCCUCCGCUCUAGGGGUGAUGGGGGUCCCCUCGGCCCUGCGCCUCCCUGCCGCAGAGCGUGCCCGGGCUGGCUGCCCGCGCUGCCGCCCUGGGGGCCACCUGCUACUGUGGGCAGCUCUGCUAGUCCUGGCUCCCGCGGCGGCCGCCGAGGCUCCUGGCACGCCUGGUCCCCCGAAGGCCGUGGUGCACCUGGAGCCCCCCUGGUUCAACGUGCUCCACGGGGACAACGUGACUCUGCACUGCCAGGGGGCCCACGGCCCCGGGAACGCCCCCACCCAGUGGUUCCACGACGGGAUCCCCGUCCCGACCCAGGUCCAGCCCCACUACAGCUUUAAGGCCAGCAGCAACGACAGCGGAGACUACCAGUGCCAGACGGGCCAGACCACCCUCAGCGACCCCGUGCACCUGAACGUGACUUCCGGCUGGCUGCUGCUCCAGGCGCCGCGCCUGCUGUUCCAGGAGGGCGAGCCCAUCACGCUGAGGUGCCACAGCUGGAAGAGCUGGCGCCUGUACAAGAUCACGUUCUUCCAGGACGGCAAAGCCAAGCAGUUUUCCUCCACGAAUUCCAACUUCUCCAUCCCGCAAGCGAACGGCACUCACAGUGGCGCGUACCACUGCACAGGGUUCCUGGGGCACAUGAAAUACUCGUCCCAGGCUCUCAGCGUCGCUGUCCAAGUGUCCAGCGGGAGCGACAGCGCCUUCCUGGUGACAGUGGUUGUGGCCGCGGUCGUGGGCGUCGCUGCCUUAGCCGCCGUGGCUGCCGUGGUGGCCUGGGUCCGCCUCAGGCGGCACAAGACCUCAGGAGCCCCUGAGAACAGGGAAGUGGGAAAGACCCCACCCGAGGAACCAGCCAACCUUGCCAACACUGAAGAGGCUGCCAAUGCGGAGGCGGAGAAUACAAUCACCUACUCGCUGCUCAUGCACCCAGAGGAAGACACGACACUCGCGGAUUAUCAGAACGCGUAGCCGUGGGGACAAGAGCCAGGGCCGGGACCGGCCUUGAGGCCGACGAGAGACCCCUGCUGUGUCCCAAAGGAGCGGCCCUCGUCGAGGUUCCCUGCGUGAGCGCCCAGGCUCUGUCCCGGAGGCCGCGGACGGCGUGGUGCCAGCGACAGGCUGCGCAGACCCCGGCCGAGGCGCCGGGGUGUUCUCUGCGUCCAUGCAGCCAGCAAAACCGACUUCUAUUACGGGAGUGUAGCGGCACGGGAAGUGCUGUGUAACAGGUUGCACGGGAAAAGUUACACGAAUAGAUGGUCUCCGGGCUGACGAACAGAGUGACAGCGGCCAGCGUGCUCAAGAGGCUGUUUCGGGGUGAUGGGAUUUGGGGCUUUUCCUUUCUUUUUUUCUCUCGACGCACCAUGUAUUACUUUGAUAAUAAAGCACAGUGAA